AUGAUUUUUAUAUAUAUUUUUAUAUUUUUAUUUACAUUAUAUAUCUUAAAAAAUAGCGAUAAUAUUUUAAAAUGGUGGAAUGAAAGAGUACGAAGAAUUGAAUUAGGCAAAAAGAUACCAGGACCAAAAGGUUUACCUAUUCUUGGAAAUAUUUUACAAUUAGGUGGAAACAUUGAAAACUUUGUAAACUUUCUUCAAGAACAAUAUAAUAUAGGAUUAGAGAAUAAUGAUGAUGUUAGAAGUUGUUGGAUUGGUGAUAAAUUAUUAAUCUUACCUAUUAAUUCAAAAGUUUGUCAAAAAAUUCUUGAAAGUCAAACAGAACUAAGCAAAGGAGAUACUUAUGAUUUUUUAUCUGAUUGGUUAGGGCAUGGAUUAUUGAUUUCAGAUGGAGAUAAAUGGAGAAAUAAAAGAAAAAUUUUAACUCCAACAUUUAAUUACAAUAUGCUUAAAAAAUAUUUUGGAGUUUAUAAUAAUGAAAGUAAAAUUUUUGUAGAUAAAUUAGAACAAUUUGCUGAUUCUGGAGAAGAAAUUAAUGUAUUUGAUUAUGCUAAAAGAGCUGUCCUUGAUAUUAUUUGUGAUACUGCAAUGGGAGUAAAAAUAAAUGCACAAGACAAUCAUGAUCAUGAAUAUAUUAAAGCAAUAAGAAAAUUUCACAAACUUAACCUUAAAUUUAUUAGAAUGCCACUGUAUAAAAUAAAACCAAUAUAUUAUUUAUUUGGUGAUGGUUUUGAAAGAGAUCGUGUUUUAAAAAUACUACACAAAUUUGCUCAUGAUGUUAUUAAUCAAAAAUCUAUUGAAUUUGAUAAAAAAAAUGGUAAAUAUAAUGAUAACACUUUUUUAUCAAUGCUCUUGGAACUAAAAGAAGAAAAUAAUUGGAAUUAUAAUGAUAUUUUUGAAGAAGUAAAUACAUUUCUUUUUACUGGACACGAUACAAGUUCAUCACUACUUUCUUUUAGUUGCUGGGAAUUAGGAUUAAAUUUAAACAUUCAGGAAAAAUUAUAUGAUGAAAUAUUUGAUAUUUUUGGAGAAGAAGAAAGAGAUGUUAAAGCUGAUGAUUUAGGAAAAUUACCUUAUUUAGACAUGUUUUUAAAAGAAACUCUUAGAAGGCAUGCUAUACUUCCAUACUUUAUUAGAACUUUGGAAGAGGAAACUGAAGUAUGUGGGACAUUAUUACCGAAACAAUCAAAUAUUAUUUUUGCACCGCAACAUUCAAAUUUUAAUUAUAAAAUUUUUCCAGAUCCAUAUAAAUUUAAUCCAGAUCGUUUUCUUCCUGAAAAUAUUUCAAAAAUUUCUCAAUAUGAUUUUACACCUUUUAGUGCUGGUCCAAGAAAUUGCAUUGGUCAGAAAUUUGGUAUGAAUCAAGUAAAAGUUAUAUUAAUUUGGAUAUUAAGAAGAUAUAAAUUAAUUGUUAAAAGACAUCCUGAUUAUGUUAAACAUAUCCCUGAAAUAGUUCAAUCACCAUCUAAUGGUAUCCCUUUAUAUAUAAUAAGAAGAUAA